GCUUUUUUAUUUUUUAAUUGGUAUUUUUUUAUCGUGAUCCCUCAUGGUUGAUUGAUAAUGCUGUAAUUAACCACUGAAAUGUCACAGCCUGUUCGUAUUGCUGCGACUGCUUUCCCUUCUCUUUGACUCUUUGACUCUUUGACUUCUGUGUAUUGAGAAGUAGAGCAAAUGAGUAAGGCCUGCGUUUCUAUCUCUUUACACAACUGAAAGAAUACAUAUCUUUUUAUCACAGCUUUCCAAUAUGGUUAGGUGCUUCAUCUUCUUCUCCACUGUUCUUGGCCAGGAAGAACAAAAGGUGAUGAUAAUCCCUAAGACAGAGUUGCCAGCAGCCAGAUUGAAAAAGGAGUUAAAGUGAGACAACCUUAUCUGUUGCUUCAGUGGAAACGUAGUUGUUGAUUUAAAGCUCUUAGUAAAUGAUUAUUGGAGAUCUGUCAUGUGUAGCAGCACACUCAAUAAGUGUAGCACAGACCUUGCUUCCUCCUAAGGAGCAGAUAUCUGUCAACAUCUCGCUUCAGCUGCAGACUUUUAAGGUGCCAGAAGGAAGGUAAACUCGCCAGCCAGUGGUCAUGGAAGAUCGGGCUGCUACCUACAUUAAUCAAAACGUUAACAGCUCCAUUAUCUAUGAGAUGCCAGACGCUGAGGAAGACAAAGGGAAUCAUCAUUAUGAUCAUGUCCCAGAAGAUCCAGCUUCUCCAUCUUCCACCCCUACUAUGCCAGAGAUGAUGGAUCUUAGCCAAGAGAGCAAUGAAGGCAGCCGCAGAAGUUCCGUGGCUUCUCAGCACGGGCCUGAUGGGGAGAGCAGUUCUUCCUCUGAGCACAGUGCUGCCGAUGAGCACCCGUACCAGGACGUGGAUCAGAUGAGCCCAGCUCAGGAAGACAAACCCAUGACAUUUGAGAGCAGCGCCUUUUGUCCUCCCGGUUUUCAGUUGCGUCGGAGCCAGAGCAAUCCCACCUCCCCAACCUCCCUCAAGUUCCCACAUGGCAGUAACGUAGGAGAAAACAACAACUUUGAGGAAGAUUAUGAGAUUUUCAUGUUUGUAAAGGCGGGUAUAGAUGGAGAAAGCAUUGGGAACUGCCCGUUCUCCCAGCGUCUCUUCAUGAUCCUCUGGCUCAAAGGAGUUGUGUUCAACGUCACCACUGUUGACUUGAAAAGAAAGCCAGCUGAUCUCCACAACCUGGCUCCCGGAACUCACCCACCUUUCUUAACUUUUAAUGGAGAAGUCAAGACAGACGUUAACAAGAUUGAGGAAUUCUUGGAAGAGACUCUUGCACCUCCGAAGUAUCCCAAGCUGGCUGCUAAGCACCGGGAAUCAAACACUGCUGGAAUUGAUAUCUUCUCCAAAUUUUCUGCUUACAUCAAAAAUACCAAGCAGCAGGACAAUGCUGCCCUUGAAAGAGGUUUGGUGAAGGCUCUGAAGAAGCUGGAUGACUAUCUGAGAACCCCUCUGCCGGAGGAGAUCGAUGCAAACAGCACUGAAGAGGAGAAGGUGUCCAAACGCAAGUUUCUGGAUGGAGAUGACCUCACUCUUGCUGACUGCAACCUUCUGCCCAAACUCCAUGUUGUCAAGAUUGUUGCAAAGAAAUACCGCAACUUUGAGUUCCCAACAGAGAUGACGGGGCUGUGGCGGUACCUGAAGAAUGCGUACGCCAGGGAUGAGUUCACUAACACCUGUGCAGCAGACAAGGAAAUCGAGCAAGCCUACGCGGAUGUGGCCAAGCGGCUCAGCAAGUCCUAACUGACCCCAUCAGUGGCUCAGCAUCCCUGGCAGAUUCCUGUUUUACAGACUCUUCUCCUUGUUGCCUUAAGAUAUACCUUAUCAUUAUGCUAUCUGGUUGGCAUCCCUAUGACUUCACUUGUUCAAGAGCAUUGGUCAGGGACAAACAUGCUUCUCCCUGGAGGAAGGAGAAGGCAGCUCUGGUGUAGGGGGUGGAGACCCUUUGAAAUCUGAACCUACGAUCUGACACAACUAGUAUUACUCAUAAUCAGUAUUGGAAAUGACUCCACUGUAUUAGUUUCUUGUUUUGUGUUGGGGUAUAUCACCACCUGUUUUCUUUGGUGUUUUAACAGUAGGACGUUAGCUUGAAUUUCCAUCAAGUCAAUUAGGAACACAUAGAACUGCUUCUUCUGCUGGUUAUUUCAAGGAUGCUUUGCUUUCCCUUUGCUAUCAAAACCUGUGAGGAAGGAACAAAAUUUGUGAGAGAGGCAAAAGGAAUGAGUUUGACCCUAGGGGAGUAGCACUCUUAGCAGUUAUAUUUUUAAACCUCUCUGAAUGCAUUUUCUGUCCUAGAAGGCCCAAGAGUUUGUAGGACAUUUUAUUUUUAACUUGGCACAAGAGGGGAAAGCCUAAGCAAAUAUGUCAGACUUGCAGAUGCUCCUUUGCAUAAAAUUUGCAUGAUGCUGCUGGACCUCGAGGUGUAAAGCAAAAGAAAGUGGAUGGGCAAUUGAGCAGGAAGCCCUUGAAGAGCGGUGCUAAUGCCAAAAUGCCCGUUGGAUCUGACAGUUGGGAGAGACAGCAACAAUGGGGCAAUACACUGAAUCAAACCCAUAGCCAGAACUGGCACAACCAACCAAACCAUGCAGAACAUUGUCAUCUUGGCUGUGUGGCUGCCAGUUCCUUUCUGCUGUUAUCUUGGGAAGCAUGGCUAGGCAGGAGCAAGCUGGUGUGUAUUCAGUGGGGGAAGCACUUUCCUUGCUUUGGGCUCCAGAUAGGUCGCCUUCAGGCAGCCAUCAUUCUGCCCAGGGAGCAGUGUGCUCUGAGAAGGGGACAGGCUGAGACAGAGAGACCCAUUUCCAGCCUGAAAGCUGACGAGCAGGCGAGGAGGAAGCCUGCAUGCUGCCUUAGUCCUGCUUCUCCAAGGUUCACCAGUCCAGGUUAAGUGAUUCAGGAUUGUUUUCUGAAACCAAUUAUUUCUUUCAAUCCGGAACAUCUGCCUGACACAAUUUGCUUUAAAGUAGUGAUUAUGUGCACAUUGCUUUAGUAAAUCCAGAAUGACAGCUCUUUUGCAUAAAAGUCACAUGUAUGAUGGUGAACAUGAAAUGUUUCAAUCUGGGACUAUUUGAAGACAAAUGAAAGCUGAGCUCUUGGCUUGUGUGGCUCUCCUUGUACUGAAGGCUGGGCCCUGACUGAGGGGAGCCCGGGGGCAGUGGGCUGAGGCCGGGGGAACCCUGCAGUGAGCUGUCUGCAGCCUGAGAGCCAAGAGAUGGAUCCACAGCCACCGCUGCAUGACAGUGAUGAAUAUCUGAUGGGAUUUUUCCCCUUUUCACGCUCACCCAGCUGGGAGCAGGACACAGUUAGCUUGUUGUUGACUAUUGUUUCGCACGCCGCAGUGAUCAGUUUGUUUUGAGCUUUCCAAAACCUCAGAACUGCCAGGCCUUCCCCUGGAAGGAGCUGUGUAAGCAGUGGCUGGACUGGGGGGCAAAGGGCUGCACGAAAUCAGCUGGCUCGGAGAGCACUGAUAGCAGCCAAGAAAGCCUCAGGAGCUCAGCAGUGUCUGCACAGGCACAUGGGGCUCGUUAAAAAAAAUCACUUCUUUGUGGGUUUGGAGUUACUUGUGAUUUUAUUUUACUUUUUAAAUUUUAGAUUGAGGUGAUUAUUUUAUUUAUUUAUUUAUUCUGAUCCUCUCUGUCCUUUCUGCCCGCCUCCCGCUUUUGGUUUGCGCUCAGCACGUUGCUCAGGAUGGCAUUAGCAGCACCGUGUGAUCUCAUUUGCUAGGGAGAAGCCUGCUGUGUGUGUGUGAUGAACGGCCCCUGGGCUGGAUUUUGGCUGGCAGCGCCCCUUGGCCAGGAGCAGCUUUUUGCAGUUGCUGUUGGCCAGGUUUGCACGCAGUUGGUGGCGUAGUGGCACUGAUCCUGGAAUGAAGGUGCAGAGGCAGAUGCAGCUCUUGUUCUGUGCUCGCUGUGGUUAGCUCCUUACGGAAGGCAGUGCCCACCUGCAGCUGAGUGGGGUGAGUGAGGCAGUCGGGCUCUGCCCUGAUAUUGGCCAUCUCUGGACCUUCAUUCCUGAAUUCCAUGCUUCUGAAGUGUUCUACCUGUCUGACUUCGGCUUUGCUAGAACAGGGCCAAAUCACCAUCAUUUGGUCUCAGCAUGCCACAAAUUGCAUCUGCUUUUUAAGAAAUGAUUUUUAGAAAUGGGUGGGCUCAUAGCACAAGGAGAAUGAGCAAAGAGAUUUUUGGUAAGUGUUCUUAAAAUCCUUUUUGGAUUUGAUCAGAAAACUUACAACCCCCAAGCUACUUUCCUUUUAAUUAGCAAUACGAAAUACAAAUAUUCUAACUUUCUGAGCAACACUGCAAAAAUAAAUAAAAAUCUGAGCAAAAUGUUUUAGUAGGUAUGAGAAAGAAUAAGAUGGAAGAAGUGAAACUUGUUUUCCAUCAGCUGCAGUGCCCAUUCUGGGGGAAUCCACAUCUUGCUCUGCAUCCUAACUGCAUUUUGUUCAUGGCUCUGUAAGAGGCUGAUCCAAGAUCAUGGACAGGUUCGAGCAUUUCCUGACCUUUGGGUUUGCAGGUUCAUGCUGUCAGGUCUACCUUCUGCUCACCUUCGUGCUUUUUGGCUUCAGACAUAGUGCAGAAGCAGGAAACACUGGAAAUCCUACAUAGAAAAGUUUGAGUUUGAGUCCUACGUACUGAAUUUGAGCUCAGUACUCAUGAGUCGGGAUCCAUCACCAUCGAGAUUUUAAGGGGCUCCAGACUCUGUUAGGCAGGGUAUUUUUGGUGACCUUCCAUUGUAUUUAGAAUUAUAAGUAAUAAAUAUUAAUCAUACAGGAUUGAAUGUCUGCGUUGGCAAGGCAGCGUUUCUGAAAAGAAUCUAAGUGACAAGACAGACAUUGCAGAUUUACAAUAACUUUGUUCAUAAAUUUUUUGCAAGAUGUAAAGAAAGACAUAGUGCGGAGGGGGAAGAAGCCAACAAUGUGGAUUUAAUCAUCUACAUUUCAGAAAUGCAGACCAAAUGUCUGUAAAGAUGUCCAUUUCAUCCAAACAUUUCUUAGAUAUUUAUUUCAAAGCUCCCUGUUCAGUCAAUCCAACACUCCAUUCAUAUUGGAACUAAUAUUGAUUUCUCUUCUAUUACCAGUGAUACGGGAGUGUUAAAGGAUCCCCUAUACAAGUCACUCUUGUUUUUUGUUAGACUUUCUCAGUUGCCAGGAGGUCAUCUUGCAAUGCAGGUAAGACUAAAGGAGCAUCUGUUUUGGGACUGCCUAAAAGAAAGCUUCCGACAAACAUUUUUUUCCACCAGAAAGAAUUUUGUAAAGGUAUUUCUUUAUCAGGAGUGGUGUGGAAUAUUGAGCUAUGGGUUACAAGCUCUACUUCUGUGUUUGCAUCAGCUGAAAACCACCACCAGGGAGGAGUUAUGGUCUGUAUUGCAAAGAAGCUCAACAUCUUUGUUUCCUGCCAUGUUGUGCAGAGCAGUAAUUUUGAGUAUGUAUUUAUUAUAUUUUGAUCUCCAAACAGAUUUCCUCAUCCCUUGUCUCCAUGGAAAGUCAGCUCCAAGUUACCCAUAAUUAUUUUUUCAUCCUUCUGUGCCAAUCUUGCAGAGUGCUUGUGGAUACACACACAGAGAAUGGCAUUUUAGGGCAACCCAUCCACCUGGUGGGAUGGCACUCAAAGGCCACCACUUCCAGCAGUGAUCCCAUCACUGUCCCAGCAGCAAAAGUGAGAAGCAGAGAGAGUCCCCCUUUCUGAACUGAUCAUGUUUGACUCACCAGCUGAGUUUGGGGUAUCGCUAAAAUGUAGGUGUUGGAAAUCUCACUCAUUUAAAACCUUUUGGGCACACCAAAACACACACUUUGUAAAAUGAAUUGGUGUUUUAAACAGGGGAGUAAACCCAAAGCCCAUUGUCCUCCUUCACUUGUAUUCUUUUAGGCACCGGGAAGUUUGCAGUUGUUUAUUAUUCUGCUAGAUAUAUUCUCGAAUAGCUUUUCAUAUUAAGGAAUAUUUUCCAGUAAGAUUUUUGCCUUUCUAAUCAAUCUUUCAUCUCUUCAUUAAUUCUGAUGUCUGCGAUGACCAAACGAUUCCAGAGGAGGCAGGAAAGCUGGGAGGCUCGUACUUGUUGAGAAGUUGAAGGAGGUAAUGAUUUUUUAGAGAAAACAGUGUUCAAGGCAUUUUUUAACAAUCUGUCUUUUCACCUGGGAUGCUUAAACCAAAAGUGAUGGUCUGUUUAGUCUGGGCUGUGAUUUUCAGCCGGGACCUUGAAAAGUCACCAUAUUCGAGAUGGCUUUGCUGAGGGAUUUCCCUCAGAUACAUAGGGAUGUUCUCUUUUGGUCACAGAAUGUCUCAUUUCCUUGGGCAGGACCUUCUGGUCUGUGUUGGUGCUAAAAUACCACACUCCACUAACUUUGUACUGGACAGUGAAAAUGUGGGUCCUACCACCUCCUCUCCUCUUUUAUGUCAUGUGCAGGGAAAGAAGAGAGCACUGAUCUGUUUUACUCCCCUGUACCACGUCCCAAGCAACACUCCAUCCGUAAGGGAGCACAGGGCCCUGUCCAACAUUGCUUUCCAAAGCCUGAAGCCCCCCACAUCCCUCAUCAGGCAAUGUUUCAGAGCCUGCAGCAGUCUCGCAGCCUGUUGUUCCCUUCUUGGCCCAAACCAUCCCCUUUCACCAUCUGUUGGAGAGAUGCUAACACUGGCAAUAUCCCAGAGCAUGCACACCAGCUGAGCAGCUCUGAGGGAUGCCCCAGGGUUUUGGGGCAGAGCCCCGCUGGCAGUGUGAUGCCAAGGCAUGUCCUGCUGCAUCUCCCACCCACAGGCAGUGAGCUGUCUGCCUCACUCCUAUUCCGAUAUAGAUUUAUUUUGUCUUAAUGUAUAUAUGCAUAUUGUAAAAACAAUCCAAAAACUCCUUAGUGGUUCUCCACAUGAUGCUGUCAAUUCUCACCACAGGGUAGAAUUUGUUGGUAGAAAUUAAAUGAAAUUAAAUUAAAACAGAAAAGCUUGGCUGCUGCUGAUAGGAGCCCUGAGAGCAGCGUGCAGUGUAGAAGCAUAGCAGGAGUGAGCAGCCCCCAGUUCCUGGGUUUGCUGAUGUUUUGCAGCAUCGUUGCAGCCCAUUCUGCUGCACUGCUGGUUUUUCCUGGUCUCACUAUGUCUAUAAUCUGAAAAUCUUGGGAAAUAGCUAUGGGCACCACAUUGAUCUUUUUCUCUCUUUCUUUUCCCCAUCAAAUCAAUCCCUUUAGUUAGGAUGUAUAUGGUAGGUAAGGAGUAUUUCCAAACAGCAUCUUUCUCAACUUUUUCAUUAAGGAAUUUUUUAAGAGCUUUGGGGAAAUGAGAGGUUAUUGCCAUCUUUGGGAAUAAACUGUAGAAUAAAACAUAUAUAGGAGCCUGAUUCUGACCAAAUUGUUUAAGCAGGGCAGAAUACAGUUCAUUUUGAAGAGUCUGCUUAGGACUGAGCAAGCAGAGUAAUCCAUGCUUUGCAGUAGAAACUUCAAGUCUCAGUUCUUCAUUGGUUGUUUUGGUGUUUUUUGGGGAUUACUGAAUGUACAACACUGCUUAGAAUCACAGAAUCAUGGAAUAUCCCAAGUUGGAAGGGACCUGUAAGGGUCAUUGAAUCCUCCCAGAAACAGCAUCUAUUCUAUGUAUAGGCAUUUUAUUAUGAGGAAUGCCCCCUCCCUGGAAGCACUCCAGGCCAGGCUGGAUGGGGCUGCGAGCAACCUGGUCAGGAGGGAGGUGUCCCUGCCUACAGCAGGGGGUUGGGACUGGGUGAUCUUAAAGGUCCCUUCCAACCAAAGCAUUCUAUGAUUCUAUGAAUCUAUCAUGUAUUGGCAUUAUUUCACUGAACAGUUUUGUAAGAGUGUGUUGGGAUGGAAGGCAGCACAAAGUGAUCUGAGAUGGUGCUGAAUGGAGCCCUUGGCUUUGUUCCCUGUGCAAUGAACACAGGCAGUGCUGUGAGGCAGGAGCUGCCGACCUGCAUCCCUUGCUGCCAGAAAUGGGACUUUGUCAGCGCUGGGAAAUAGGGGUGAAAAAAGCCUGACCCCAACCCUCCUUCCUCAUGCAGUGCUGACUGCUUGUGAACGUGGCUGUGUUUUCUGAGCUUGUGAAGCCAUUCCCAAUAGCUGCUUGCUUUGCUUUCUGGGGAACAGGUCCUCAUCUGUGCAAACCCUUACAGCAAUCAUCCUAUCCCCUUUUUUCCCCCCAUAAAUUUUAUUUUUUAAGAGUCCUGCUCUAUACUGCCUAGCAAGUUCUGAUCCACCAAUUGACAGAUUUAUCUUUCUUGUCUGACUGUUUCCAAUUCCAAAGCCUGAAGAUCAAAACCAAGUUGCAUAGUGAGACCUGAGGGUGAGCAGAAAUGCUGUUUUGUUUUUCCUCAGAAACCACUCAGUUCCAAAUCCUGACUCAUUUAGGGCCCAGUCCUGGUUAGUGAGGGGGGUCUGAGGCUGAAGGAGAGGAAGAGGAGCCCACUGCACAUGCUGCUGUCUGUCUGUUGAGGGAGGAGGAACCAGUCUUGGAGUCCUAAGAGGUGUACGGACAAGUUUUCACUCUUGUGUGUGAAAUCAGCCUAUGCAGGGACAUGAGUGGUCCCAAACUGACCCAGAGCUGCUUAAAAAUGUCAGUGAUAUUAGCAGUUGGGAUGGAAUAUUGCCCUCAGGGCACGGCACAGACAAAAAUAACUCAAAGUCUGUCCAAUUUUUAGCUCUGAGCUCAGACCCAUCUUCAGGGCUGGAUUUCUUCCACCAAAAUGCCACUAGUCUCAGAAACACCUCGUUGUUGUUGGGGUCUGCCAGUCUUCUGGGGGAAAGCAAAAUCAGGGGCUCCUAAAGACUGAUUCUUAAGUUGGAUCUGGCGAGCUUCAAAGUCAUCUGUUUGUAAACAACUCUUUGAUAGUGACUGGCUGUGGAAAGUGGUUGUGUGAAUGUGGGGGUCUCCAUCCCUUCAUUUUCCACAUCCUGAGGGAGAAUUUUAGAUCAGACUGUACCCUUUGCAGUAGAACUCUACAUUUCCUCUCCAUAUGUACAGCUUCUAGCACGACAGGACUCCGAUUAGAGCCUUUGUGUGCUGCUCUAACACUGAGAACAUAUAAUAGGAACAAUGUGAUUAAAAUGUCUUUGCAGUUCGCCUUUAGCAUAAUGAUUGUGUGGCUGUACUGUCACCUGUGAAUAAAGUCAAUGUCCUUUUUGUAUCAUAGGGAGUAUAUUUUAUUAUUGAAAAAACAGUUUAAUUUUUAAGAUUAAAUUAAAAAGUAUCUGCUUAUUGUUUCAUUUUAAGCCUAAAUAAGCAAAUAUUUCUUUUGUAGCCUUCAAAUGGGUAUGUGUUAAAUGAAGAAAUCCACCUUCCUGAAUUGGAGCUGUUUAUAGUCCGAUAUUCCGGGAGUGAUUAACACUUGGUAAUUUGAAUAAAAGUGGUUUAUUUUCUCA